AUGUUUUAGUAAGCAGAAGUAGAAAAUCAAUUAGCAUUAAGAAAAUUAAAAAGCGAAAUUGACACCUAAAUUCCAUUAUACAUAAAAAUGUGUAUAAUGGAAUUAGGCUUAGAUGAAAUUGAGGAAAGUGAAAAAAUUGAUAUUUUAAGAUUAUUAAGUGCACCUAAAUUCUAAAGUAGAUAAUAAUUCUUAAUUGUUAUACCUGAAUAUUUAAUCAAGCAUUUAUUAAAAAUAAGACAAAUAGCAUUACUUAAUAGUCCAGAUAUAAAUUAUUCAAAUCCAAUAAAUUUAAAGAGUUUAAUAUAUGGUUCUCUUUUACCAUAUGAAGAUCUUAUACUUUAAAAACAUCCUAUUUUACAAAAUAUAGUAAAAAAUACAAAUUUUAAGAUAAUGGAGUUGCUUGAGACAAAAAAAAAAACAAUAAAUGUUAUAAAGAAAAGAGAAAUCUAAUUAUUAAAUCAUUAAAUAGAAGUUUCAAUUAAAAAAUCAGCAAAGAAAUUUGAAUAGAAAAAAAAUUGUCCAAAAUGUUUAUGUAAAUAUCGAGGUUUCAAAUAUAAUGAAGAAUUAAUCUAAACAUCUCAUAUUCUUAAAUGUAAAAGAUGUAAAGAGUACUAUCAUUCAUGUUGUAUUUAAAAAUAAUUUCAGGAUAAGAAAACUUAUUUUUUAUGCCAUUUUUGUUUAUUGUAAUUUAUAAGUCCUAUGGAGAAAGUAAUAUCUAUAUUACAUGAACCAGAAAUUAUUAAUUUAGAAGAUGAAAACAAAGAAAAAACUUUAUAAUUUGAGUGCCCUACACUUGAAUAAUAGUAUCAAAUUUAAAUGAGAUGUUUAAAGAUUGGAGAAGUUGAUAAAUUAGUUUGGCCAGAAUCUGGAGAAAUCUAUUUCAAUAAUUAAAAAGUAAUAUAAUUUGAUUAAAAAAUGUGUAAAAAGAGUGGAGAAUCUUAUAUUGUUAAUUAAUCUAUAAAAUUUGGAAUGACAAACAAAGUCACAAUACUAUAUUAACAAUCUAUCUUUAAAUAACUAAUGUAAUUAAAUAUAAGCUAGAAAUAAUAACCUCUAAAUCAAAAUUAAUAUAUAAUCGUAAUUUAUAGUGUUAAAGUCUUUAAUUAUAGAGAAUUUUUAUUGGAAUUAUAAAAUGAUGAAUCAUUAUCAAUUAAUGAAUCAUAAAAUAAAAUUAUUUCUUAUAUUAAUCAAAAAGGUUUAUAAACAUUAAAAAUUUCAAUAAUAGAUAUUUAGAGUUCAAAAAUAAUAAAACUACCAGGAAAAGGAUCAAUAUGUAAUCAUAUCUAAUGUUUUGAUUUAGAAAUAUUUGUUCAAUAAAAUUAAAUAGAAAACAAAUGGAUUUGUCCUAUUUGUUAAUAAAAAUGUUUCAAAUUAAUUAUAGAUCAAUUUUAAAAAUCAAUAAUCGAAAAAAUUAUAUAAAAAUAACUUAAAAUAACAGAAAUUGAAUUUAAUAGAGAGGGUUAGAUUACAGAAGAAUUAUUUGAUAAUCUUAAUGAAAAGAUUACAAACAUAGAAGAUGAAAUGUAAAUUGAACUUUGA